CCUGGACCGAGGCGCAUUACUAUUGCCCAAGUAAGAUGCCACUGCAGCCCUAGGGUCGCUCUUUCUGUCUGUGUAUCUUGCCAGGCGAAAAAGGAAGGAGCGACCGUGCUGCUCGUUCCGUAGCACCAUUGAACGACUCGGGGCACGAUUAUUAUCCUCGAACCCUGCGCUUUUCAUCAACCCCUCGAAAGGUUCUAGGAAUUGUGUGAUGGCAUGAUCACGUCUGGGCGGCGAGGAGGGGUUCGUUUUCUGGGGAUAUGGCAACGAGCAUGGAUGGCUGCGACCUGUCGCCCGCGUACCUCAGGCCAGUCUUCAAUCUACCAUACUACCGCGAACCCGCAAUGGCUCGAUUUCGAUAGCGAGAAGGAGAAAUCACCCUUGUCCCAGGAGACUAGAGAUGUGCGAUGGGUACGGCCCCUGACUGUGGAAUCGCGCGGGAUACGGAACUGUCGCUGUGGAGAAAUCGAGACAUCGAAAAUCAUCUAUAGCAAGCGAUAUCAGGGCAUUCCAGAAAUCGUGUCAGAAAUAUAUCGUUCGGUGCGACUUUCGGUGGGCAAACUGCUCUCGUGACUCGGGGAAGGUUUCCACUCGCGUGUACUAGACAACAGUAUCCCACGAUCGCAAUUGCUUUGCAAGCGACCACAUUUAGUGGCCUCGUGGUUCUGGAUCCCAG